CCGGCCGGGAGCGAGAGCUGGAAGUGGGCCCUUGAGCCGCCUCCGCCGCCGCCAUGGGGAACCGCGUUUCGCGAGAUGAUUUUGAGUGGGUCUACACCGACCAGCCGCACGCCGAUCGGCGCCGGGAGAUCCUGGCAAAGUACCCAGAGAUAAAAUCCUUGAUGAAGCCUGAUUCCAACCUGAUAUGGAUUACAGCUAUGAUGGUCUUCAUCCAGUUGAUUGCAUUUUAUUUAGUCAAAGACUUGGACUGGAAGUGGGUCAUAUUUUGGGCGUAUACAUUUGGCAGCUGCAUUAAUCACUCAAUGACUCUGGCAAUUCAUGAGAUUUCCCACAAUAGUGCCUUUGGCAACUGCAAAGCUAUGUGGAAUCGCUGGUUUGGAAUGUUUGCCAAUUUUCCUAUUGGUGUUCCGUAUUCCAUUUCUUUCAAGAGGUAUCACAUGGAUCACCAUCGGUACCUCGGAGGUGAUGGCAUCGAUGUGGAUAUACCUACCGAUUUUGAGGGCUGGUUUUUCUGUACCACCUUCAGAAAGCUUGUAUGGGUUAUUCUUCAGCCUCUCUUUUAUGCUUUUCGACCUGUAUUCAUCAACCCCAAACCAAUUUCCUAUCUGGAGAUGAUCAAUACUGUUCUCCAGAUUUGUUUUAAUAUUACAGUUUACUACUUUUUGGGAAUUAAAUCUUUGGUCUACAUGUUGGCAGCAUCCUUACUUGGUCUGGGUUUGCACCCAAUUUCUGGACAUUUUAUAGCUGAACAUUACAUGUUCUUAAAGGGACAUGAAACUUACUCAUAUUAUGGGCCUCUGAAUUUAAUCACUUUUAAUGUGGGUUAUCAUAACGAACAUCAUGACUUCCCCAACAUUCCUGGCAAAAGCCUUCCACUGGUAAGGAAGAUUGCUGCUGAAUACUAUGACAACCUACCCCACUAUAAUUCCUGGACAAAAGUACUAUAUGAUUUUGUGAUGGAUGAUACAAUAAGUCCCUACUCAAGAGUAAAGAGGCAUCAAAAAGGGCAGGUGGUCCAGGAUUGAGAGUCCUUGUAGCCAAAGGAAUUCUUCUCUGAAACUGUAAAGUAGCUGAUGAAUU